GUGAACAGAAGAGACUUGGGGCCCUAUCUUGCACCCAGCGCAAUUGACUUUGUACACCGACGCAUGUGUCAUUCCUAUUUUGCACCUGCGCAAAGCGCGCUUUUCCCUCCACAGAAGCACGUCGCUAAACUAGUGAAUGAACUUGCGCUCCCUGGGCGGUUCAGCGCAAAAAAGGAGGCGUGUUCCGGCGCAAACAAUCCCUGGUGCUAUUUUGCUGUUCCAUUAAACAAUUGCGCCACUGACCAGAAAAAAACUAGUCUAAAGUCAGUGGCGCGUUGCGCGUUGUUCAUUAUGCUAUUUUAAGGGCGCAUGCUUGACCAUAAUGUAUAGCGUGCAGAACGCGCAUACACUUUGCUCAUGUAAUCUACACAGAUGCAACAGUUAUUUUUGCAAAUCAUAAAUUGUUACACUUAAAAAAAAUAUUAACACAUGAGAUGACGGAAAUCAUUGUGGUGUGCCACGAAGAUGUGAAAAAAUAGGCAUAAAUCUAGCUUACAAAUUAUUCAGGCUAAUUGUAGUAAUUAAGGAUCAGACCUGUUUGAGGUCAUAUAUGUAUAUAAGGACAUCUGACAAAUUGGUUUGUCCGUCAAGAACCAGGAAAAAAAAAUCGAUGAAACAAUUGUGGCUAUUUCCUCCCACGCCUGUUUAACCGACGCUAUUUUGGGUGGGUUUCUCCCAUCCCCAUACAACACAACUUCUCUGUCUUUCACUGCUCUUACAAGAACAUCAGUCUCCUCGGCUGUGAACCGCUCCUGGCGUGCGCCUGGUAAAUACGCCAUAAUAAUAGCAAUCCAUAAUGGAACUUGCGCACCUGCUUUUAAAGGGAAUGUUGGAUGACGGUCUGAUUGGUUUAUUUCACGUUACGCCCAAACCACACCUAUGAAUAAUGAAGCUACUUCAGACCAACCCAUUUUAGAUUUGCGCCGGGCGCAAGAGCCAUUUAUCCCGCCGGGAAAAUAGCAACAGCGCCGAGACCCGCCCACAAACUUACUUGCGCUUCGCGCUUUGACACUUGCGUUUCAGAUCGUUAAAAUAGGGCCCUUGAAUGUUUGUGGAUACUAUAGACGGUUUCAUCGGGCGCACGCGCCUGGACCUAAAUUAACUUCCGGUCUGUGUUAUAUUGGUCUGGCUGCGGUGCCUUCUACAAACGCAGUUAAAGCCAAGGUGAUGAGUAAACUGAAGUUGGGCUCAAGUGGUUGUGCUGCGCAAACAGGAAGAGCUACAAAGAGCUAGCAUGUCUAAAGCCAGAUUAAUGCCUUCGCCAAUAUGUUUGGUGGAGAAUGUGAACGGAUCACUCAGCACCUGUAAGGAUGCCAUUCAGUUCCUGUGUAGGAUCCAUGAGCCGGUGGUGGUGGUGUCUGUGGUGGGACUCUAUCGUACGGGGAAGUCCUAUCUUAUGAACCGCCUGGCGGGACAACAGUCAGGCUUUGAUCUUGGCAAUACUAUUGAGUCGAAGACCAAAGGCAUCUGGAUGUGGUGUGUCCCACACCCCUAUAAAGAAGGACACACUCUGGUACUGCUGGAUACAGAGGGACUUGGGGACGUGGCCAAAGGAGACUCUAAGAAUGACAGUUGGAUCUUCUGUCUGGCUGUUCUGCUCAGCAGCACAUUGGUGUACAACAGCCGUGGCACCAUCGAUAACACUGCAGUGGAGAAGCUGCACUAUGUUGCUGAGCUUGCUGAGAAUAUAAAGAUCAGAUCAACAGAAGUAGCAGAUGAGGAGGAGGAGGAAGAGGAUUUUAAGUUUGUGCAGUUUUUCCCAUCAUUCACCUGGGUCGUGAGAGAUUUCACCUUGGAAUUGGUAAUUGAAGGAAAGAGAGUGACUGAGGACGAGUAUCUUGAAUUUGCCCUCCAGCUCAAAAAAGGUAUGAGCAAGAAAGUCAGCGACUACAACCUGCCUCGUCAAUGCAUCCGAAACUAUUUCCCGUCCCCCAGGAAGUGUUUCGUGUUCCCUUCUCCAGCCUCACCUGAAAACAUGACACGUUUAGAAAGCUUGCAAGAGCGGGACCUUGUACCCGAUUUUCUGGAGGUCACGGGUCGUUUCUGUGACCACAUCUUUCACAAUAGUGUCGUGAAAACAGUGAAAGGAGGACACAGAGUUACUGGCAAAUUGCUCGGACAUCUGGUUAAGAUUUAUGUAGACACAAUCAACAGUGGUAAGGUGCCCUGUCUGGACAAUGCAGUUGUUGCUCUUGCAAAUCUAGAGAACCAGACAGCUGUUCAAGAAGCUUUGAAAACAUAUCAGACUGGGAUGGAAAAGAUGAAGAACAAGUUCCCAGUAAGUGUGGAGGAUAUUACCUCAGAGCACCAGAAGUUUAGCAGUCUGGCCACCUCUGAGUUUAUGAAACUCUCCUUUAAAGAUGAAAAAGGAGAAUACUUGAAAAAACUCAAGGAAGCUAUAGAUGAGUACUAUGUAGGUUUGCUGCAGGAGAAUGAGAUGGCAUCAGAGAAAAAGUGCAGAGAUCUGCUGAAGAAUCUGUUCUCUGACAUGAAUAAAUGGCUGCAGGAGGGGAAGUACAGUCAAUCUGGAGGAUAUGAGCUCUACUGCAGAGACAGAGACACCAUUGUUGAACAGUACCGCAGAGAACCCAAUAAAGGUGUAUUGGCUGAGGCCGUUCUGAAUGAGUUUCUGAAUGAGCGAGGACCAGAAGCAAACAGCAUCCUCUACACAGAUACAAAACUCACUGAAAAUGACAGAAUGUUUCAAGAGGAAAAAGAAAAGAAUGCUCUGCUGGAACAGAAGUAUAAAGAGCAAGAGGAGAAACGCAUGGAGAGUGAGCGAAUGUUGCAGGCAGAGAAAGAGCGGCAGCAGGACCAAAUGAGGCAGAUGCAGGAGAAGUUCAACAAGGAGCUGGAGCAGCAGAAGCAGGAGAUGGACAGAGCCAUUGAAAGCAAACUUAAGGAGCGGGAGGAGAUGCUAAAGAAAGGCUUUAGCGAGAAAGCUGAUCUCCUGAAUGAAGAGAUAGCCAAUCUAAAAAAAGAAAAGGAAAGUUCUGGUGGUUUAAUGAAGGAAGUUGUGAUGCCUAUUUUAGGAACUUUGGCAGAAAUCCUUCCAGCUAUCCUUAAUUAUAAAGUGCUGAUGAAAGGACUCAAAAGAAUAUAAUUACCCUUUCCAUGCAAAUCAUUGUUACAUUACAAAUGGGGUCAUUACAAAAUAGGUUUUGAUUUAGUUGUACUGUAUUUAUUUGUUAACGAGUAAUGUCCUAAUUCACAUACUUAAUGUACUGUAUACAGUACUGUGUAAUAAAAGUAUAUCCUGUGUUGCUGGU